AUGGAGUUCUCCACUCUUUCUCCUGAAAUUAUUAACGAUUUUUACGAGCGCUACUCCGUCUCCAUGAGUCCCUUCAACGCCACUUCUUCCGAGGAUCUGCUGCGCGUGCUUUCAAACAGCAGCACGACCUACGGGGCUUCAAGCAGGGACACCACGAGCCUCAUCAUCGCCGUUUGUAUCACGGCUCUCUACUCUCUUAUCUGCGUGGUGGGGCUGCUGGGAAACGUGCUUGUGAUGUAUGGUGUGGUCAGGUACACGAAGAUGAAGACUGCCACCAACAUCUACAUCUUUAACCUGGCCCUAGCUGAUGCACUUGCCACCAGCACACUUCCCUUUCAGAGCGCCAAGUACCUGAUGAGCACGUGGCCGUUUGGGGAGCUCUUGUGUAAAGUGGUGAUCGCCAUCGACUACUACAACAUGUUCACCAGCAUCUUCACGCUCACCAUGAUGAGCGUGGACCGCUAUGUCGCUGUUUGCCAUCCAGUGAGAGCUCUAGACUUUCGCACACCGGCCAAGGCCAAGCUCAUCAAUGUCUGCAUAUGGAUCCUCUCCUCUGCUGUUGGAGUCCCUGUGAUGAUAAUGGCUGUUACCAAGGUGACUGAAAAAGGAAACACUGCCUGUGUGCUCAGAUUCCCCAAACCUGAGUGGUACUGGGACACAGUGAUGAAGAUCUGCGUCUUCAUUGUUGCUUUUGUGGUUCCUGUCCUCGUCAUCACCAUCUGCUACGGUCUGAUGAUCCUGCGGCUCAAAAGCGUUCGUCUGCUCUCGGGCUCCAAAGAAAAGGACCGAAACCUGCGGAGGAUCACCCGUAUGGUCCUUGUGGUUGUGGCUGCCUUUAUCAUCUGCUGGACUCCCAUUCACAUUUUCAUCAUUGUCAAGACCAUGGUGGAAAUCAACAAGAAGAACCUCCUGGUGGUGGCCAGCUGGCAUCUGUGUAUCGCGCUGGGUUACACAAACAGCAGUCUGAACCCCAUGCUCUACGCUUUCCUGGAUGAGAAUUUCAAAAGAUGCUUCAGGGAUUUCUGCCUCCCCUACCGCUCCCGUUUGGAGCAGAACAGCUUUUCCAGGGCACGGAACAGCAUCCGGGAGCCUGUGUCUGUUUGUGCUCUUGCACCCACAGAGAGACCACCAGCCUGA